AUGGUCGAGAGGCUAAUUGGCGCCGUUCUGAUCUUGACGGGGAAUCAUGGAAUGCUCUUUCUCUUUAUUUGGGCUGUAAUGGGGGGUAACGUCGACAUAGUCGAGCUUCUUUUGAAGCAUAGUGCGGAUGUGGAUGCAAACACAGGGUCCUUCAAAGGCACCGAUGGAAGAAUUCUUGGACCCACUGCUCUUCAUAUAGCAUUAGAUCCACGGGCAUGGUAUCCUGGCGACGAGGACGAUGAAGAUCGUGAAGAUUAUCAUGAAGACUAUUUGAAGAUUGCUAGAAUUCUGGUUGAGAAGGGAGCUUCUGUCAGAGGUGUCUUGGAUCAACUGCAGGUGAAUGACGUUCCAAGUUUCGAGGGGUUCAAAGAUGUCUGA